AUGUCUCCUUCCAAAACUUGUAUAAUGGAGCCUUGGAAGUUGACAGCAUCUGAAGCUCUUGCUCAGAUCCAAACCGACGAACUCUCAGUUGAAGAAUAUGCGAAAUCGCUUUUCAAGAAAAUCGACGAACGGGAUAAAGAUGUCCAAGCAUGGGCGUAUUUGGACAAAGAGGCCAUAAUGCAGCAAGCAAAGAGCCUAGAUGAUGUCCCCAAGAAGAAUAGAGGGCCUCUUCAUGGUCUCCCAAUCGCUGUAAAGGACGUCAUCUACACCAAAGACAUGCCCACCCAGUUCAACUCGCCAUUGUACGACGGACACUUCCCCGAAACAGACGCCGCUUCUGUUCGGAUCCUUCGUCACGCUGGUGCUCUUAUCUUUGGCAAAACAACAACGUCGCAGUUCGCAGCUAUUCAUAUCGGCCCCAAGACUCGUAACCCUCAUGAUCCUAUCCGCACUCCAGGAGGUUCCUCCAGCGGCUCUGGCGCAGCUGUUGCCGACUUCCAAGUUCCUAUAGCACUCGGGACACAAACUGGAGGUUCUUUGAUCCGUCCAGCAUCCUUCAACGGUAUCUACGGGUUCAAGCCAACAUGGAACGCCGUCUCUCGUGAGGGCCAAAAGAUCUAUGCCCUGAUGUACGACACUCUUGGAUGGUAUGGGCGUUGUGUCGAGGAUAUUAUACUCCUGGCCGAUGUAUUUGCUCUUGAAGACGACGAGGAUGAAGAGUCUUGUUUCCAGGGAAUCGAAGGCGCACGCUUCGCCAUCUGCAAAACCAUUGUCUGGCCGAUGGCUGGACCUAGUACCCAAAAAGCAAUCUCGCGAGCUGCAGAUCUACUUAGAUCCCACGGUGCUAUCGUAGAAGAGCUUGAUCUACCCUCUGAAUUUGAUAAUCUCCCAGAAUGGUAUCGAAUUGGUCUUCACACCGAAGGCCGGGCCACAUUUUUACCCGAGUACCGCGUGGGAAAGAACCACAUGGGCCAAGUGUUGAUUGAGCACGUCGAAAACGUCGAUAACUUUAGUCGCAAGACGCAGCUGGAGGCUUUCGACAGUAUGGCUCGUCUGAGGCCUGUAUUUGACGAGAUUGCUUCGCGUUAUGCAGCGGUCAUUACUCCAAGUGUCCCUGACGAGGCCCCUGUUGGCAUCGAGAGCACAGGAAGUCACAUCUUUUGCUCCAUGUGGAGUGGCCUGCAUAGCCCCGUGCUCAAUGUUCCGGGCUUCAAGGGAGACCAUGACAUGCCUGUUGGCUUGUCUUUGGUAGCACCUCGAUACCGCGACCGCCAUCUCCUGAAAGUUGGCAAAGCCGUCGGCGCGAUAUUUGAGGCUGAGGGGGGUUGGGAGACGAAGCUGUUGUAA